AUGGAAACAGCCAACGUGACGCUGGACCCGGCCACGGCUCAUCCGCGCCUCGUCCUCUCCGCGGAUCACCGGAGCGUGCGCUGGGAAUACCUGACGCCGGAGCCUCCAUCGGAUCCGCGCCGCUUCCGCGCCGAUCCCUGCGGGCUCUACUGCGCUGUGGGAGUGAGCCGGGAAUCUCCGGCCCGGAAAAGCGGCGCCGGCUUCAGCCCGGCCGAGGGAAUUUGGGCCGUGCAGCAAUGGGGAUUCCAGAACCGGGCGCUCACGGAGCCGCCGACGCUCCUGGCGCUGCCGCGGGUGCCCCGGCGCAUCCGGGUGUCCCUGGAUUACGAAUGGGGAGAGGUGGCGUUUUGGGAUGCCGAGAGCCGGGAUCCCAUCUUCACCUUCCCGCCGGCCGCUUUUGCCGGAGAGCGGGUCCGGCCCUGGUUCUGGCUGGAGUUGGGAUCGUUGUCCCUCGCGCGGUGA